AUGAAAUCUCUUGCCGUUGCUGCGAUUGCCACUCUCCUGACCACCGCUCCGUCGUUCACAAGAGCCUUGUGCCCUUUCAAGCGCGAGGCUGGUACUGGCAAAGGAGACAUCGACCUGGCAUCUGUGAAUCCGAGCAAGCUCCGACAGAUUCUUGAAAAGCGGGAUCUCCGCGAUGUACCCGUUAACCACGAAGAUGAACCGGGUCUCAACAAGAGACAGUUUACCGCCUUCAACGAAAAUCAGGAAAUCGACGUUUCAGGUGUGCAUGCCUGGACACCACCGGGGCCAAAUGACAUCCGAGGUCCUUGCCCUGGACUCAAUGCACUCGCCAAUCACGGAUACCUUCCACGAAGUGGUGUGGUCGGGCUUGUACAAGGCGCAACUGCGGUGCAGCAGGUGUAUGGUCUUGCAUUCAGCUUCGCCCUUCCACUGAGCCUCUAUGCAACUCUCGUUGACGGUGAUCCAAUAGCACAGACUUGGAGCAUUGGCAAGGCUCCGCCUCCGUUACUGGGCUUGCCUAUCAUCGGUAAUGGUGAUGGGCUCAGUGGCAGUCACAAUAAAUACGAAGGAGACGCUAGUCCUACCAGAGGAGACUAUUACUUAAAUAGCGGAGAUGUGAGCACUCUGCGCGUUCCAUUGUUCAAAGCUCUUUACGACCUCGCAAAGGAUGACCCUGUACCAAACUAUGAUCUCAGAGUCCUGGCCAAGCAUCGCAAGUACACUUUAGAAAACUCUAUUAGUACCAACCCAUACUUCUUCUGGCCCCCAUUUGCAGGACCUGCAGUGUCCAAUGCAGCUCACACUUUCAUUCCCGCUCUGAUGUCCAAUCAUUCAGCCGAAUACCCCAACGGCAUCCUGGAUAAAGAGACCCUCAAAGAUUUCUUCGCAAUAACAGAGAAUCCAGACGGCUCUCUCUCCUACAGGCCCGGAUACGAGCGCAUCCCAUACAACUGGUACCGCCGACCCCUCGGCCCACAAAACGAGUACACUACCCUCUCCUUCGCCCAAGACCUAGUCGUCCUUGCGCAAACCGCCCCCGGCGUUGUCGCCGUUGGCGGCAACACCGGAACCGUCAACUCCUUCGCCGGGGUCAAUCUAGCCGACAUCACCGGUGGCGCCUAUAACACGCAGGACCUGCUCAACCCUCGGAAAUUUGUCUGCUACUUCUACCAGAUCUCGCUCGCGGUCGUGCCGGAUAUUUUGAGGAGCAAGCUCCUCGGCACUGUCCUAGCCACGGCAUUGAACCUGUUGCAGAACCAAUUGCAGCCGUUUAUUGACCCGAAUUGUGCCAAGAUCGCAAACUAUAACGAUGAUUUUGCGGCGCAGUUUCCUGGGGCGGCGCUGCCUUGA